UCAUCCAGCCAAUCAGACGAGCUUCUGCGUGUCAUGUGACUAUUUCAGGAAGAAACGCUGGCGCUGCAAGCAAGAUAUGAGAGUUGCAUUAUAGAGUAUCAGCAAAUUCUGACAAUACAAGUAUUCUUUAAUUUAAAAAAAGUAAUAAAAGAAGGGAAAAUGUUAAAUGUAAAAAGAGUUGUGUUGCGCUCCCGACCAGGAAAAAAUGGUAUCCCGGUUCCAGAGAACUUCCGUGUAGAUGAGGUUCUGGAAUCCUCCGAGCUAAAAGAAGGACAGGUGUUCGUCCGGACACUCUUCCUCUCAGUUGACCCUUACAUGCGCUGUCGCAUGAAUGAUGAUACUGGAGCUGAGUACCUGUUACCAUGGAGAUUAGAGGAGUGUGUGGAUGGAGGUGGAGUUGGUGUAGUGGAGGCCAGCAAGAAUCAGUCAUUAUCUGUGGGUGCUGUUGUCACCUCCUUUAAAUGGCCUUGGCAAACCUACAGCGUGAUGGACGGCAGCCUUUUGCAAGAGGUUGACCCAGAGAUGGCAGACGGUCACCUGUCGUAUGUUCUAGGAGCGCUGGGUAUGCCUGGACUCACUGCUCUUUUAGGUGUGAGAGAGAAGGGUCAUGUGACUCCAGGAAGCCACCAGACGAUGGUCAUCAGUGGAGCAGCUGGAGCUUGUGGGUCGAUUGCUGGACAGAUCGGCAGAUUGGAUGGCUGUGAGAGAGUCGUGGGGAUUUGUGGUUCUGACCAGAAAUGCCAGACCUUGGUAACAGAGCUGGGUUUUACAGCAGGGAUAAACUACAAAAAAGGAGAUAUCAGCUCAGCGCUGAGGGAGCACUGCCCUGCAGGCAUUGAUGUCUACUUUGACAAUGUAGGUGGUGCGAUCAGCGAUGCCGUUAUAUCACUGAUGAAUCCUGGUGGUCAUGUGAUCCUGUGCGGCCAAAUAUCACAGUACAAUAAGGAUCUGCCUUACCCUCCUCCUCUUAGUGAGGAGACCCAAGAAACUUUGCAUCGCAAAAACAUCACAAGGGAGAGAUUUGUUGUAUUGAACUACAUGGAGAAGCAUGCAGAAGGUCUUACGCAGCUCAGUCACUGGGUAAAGACAGGCCAGAUAAAGGUGCUGGAAACUGUUGUAAAUGGUAUAGAAAACAUGGGAGAGGCGUUCUGCUCCAUGAUGACCGGAGGCAAUAUCGGUAAACAAGUUGUCAAAAUUUCAGACUGAGUCAAACGUCUGCAUCUGGAGGUGGUGCAGUCAUUAUACAUCUGGGCUGGAAACCGAAACGUUACAGAAAAGGGCUCUCAAAAAGACAUUUGAGGUUUCUCCAGUGGGACGGUCCCUUUAAGUGUGCUUGUAAGUCGUUUUAGAUAAAGGCAUCAGCUAAAUUCACAUAACAUGUUUAAAUAAAAUCUUCCAAUAUUUUAAGAUCUGAAAGUCUUGCCUUUACAUGAAAAAAGAAACAAUAAAAAUGAAAUACAUCACAA